CGAUCCUCGAAAUACUCCACGUUGCGAUUCUAAUCCUCUUGCACAUGGAGUACCGUGAUGUAUAUCUGCUUGGUUGCCCGCAUUCUCAUUGCGCACAUCUUUCUCGUGCAAACAACCUUGGCCUCCGCUCUUUCCCCGCAUUAGCUUGCUCUCUCAACCCAAGAUCGCGAGCUUCAGAGUUGGAAUCUCGAUCACCACAGACCUGAUUCAAGAGAUCAAAGAGCAGAUCAUCGAGAGAUGUCGAACAACAUCCUCAUCACCGGCGGCGCAGGCUUCCUGGGCCCCAUGCUUGCCGCCAAGUUGGCACAAGAUUCCUCUAACAGCAUCGUCCUGACCGAUCUUCAAACACCCCAGAGGCCAGCCGGGAUUUCAUCUUCGGCUACCAACCUGGAGCUCACAGCUGCGGAUCUCACCUCACAAGCAGAUAUCACCAAACUCCUUUCUAUGCGCCCACAAUGGUCGGCCAUCUUCCUAUUUCACGGGAUAAUGUCGGUCGGCUGCGAGGAGAACCCUGCACUUUCUACCAAAGUCAACCUAGGCGCCACGCUUUCUGUUCUCACGUCCAUCUCACAACUCCAACAAGCCUCUAAACCCCGCAUUGUCUACGCUUCGACCCAGGCUGUUUACGGACCACCUUAUACGGCAUCGGGUCCCAUUACAGAUGAUACUCCCGCAACACCAAUAGGAGUUUAUGGCACCCACAAAGCCAUUAUGGAGUGCCACAUAAAUGAUCUUAACCGCCGUGGGCUAAUCGAUGCCUUCGCCGUGCGUCUACCAACCGUGGUUGUGCGCCCGGGUGCGCCUUCGCGAUCAGCUGCAGCAUUUUUGAGCGGUAUGAUUCGAGAGCCGAUGGCCGGGCUUGAAUGUAUUGUACCCAUCAGCGACCGUUCGGCGCGCCAGAUGAUAUGUUCGCCUCGCGUCAUGAUUGAGAAUUUUGUGCGCGUAAUGAAGGCUCCCACGGACGCUAUGCCGGCGCAUAUUCGCGCAGUGUACAUGCCGGGAAUAAGUGUCGCUCUUGGAGAGAUGUACGCAGCGUUCGAGGCAGUAUGCGGGAAGGAUAAACUUGGGCUGUUGAGGGAGGAAAUGGAUGAAGAAGCAAAGAGGUUGCUGGACAGUUGGCCGCAGACGGCGAAGUUCGGAAAUGCAACAAGGAUGGGAUUGUUGUUUGACGAAAGUUGCGAGCAAAUCUAUAGAGAGUAUGCCGAUAGCUUAAAGGCAAAUUAGGCUUUAGGCUGAACAGGCCUUGCGACCUUCAAGGUACAGGCUGGAGAAUCAAUCUUUCUGCGAAUAGUGAUUGGUUGUGUUCAAAACUUAUGAAAUUCCAGACAGACG